AAAACUUCUAUACCCAUAAGCCAAAGCUGCGCUGGUCCUGUUUCCUCCAGUUACUUCCUCUACGCGCAGUUGGUCCACACAGCCAGCCACAUUAAAUCUAUCCAUCAUGCCGAAGUCAAAGGAGGUGCUGUCCACUACAUCAGGAAGCGACUCAGACAGUGAAACGGAGAAAAAGGCGAAGAGGAAGAAGGUGAGUGCCCCAGAGAAGCCUGCGAAGAAGCAGAAGAGUGGGGAGAGCUCCAAGCCGGCCAGUUCCUCAAGGCCUGAUGGAAAGAAAGACGACAACUUAUUCCAGAUCGGAAAGAUGAGGUAUGUCAGUGUCAGAGAUUUUAAAGGCAAGGUUUUGAUUGACAUCAGAGAGUACUGGAUGGACCAAGCAGGAGAAAUGAAACCAGGCAAGAAAGGUAUUUCCUUGAACCCAGAGCAGUGGAACCAGCUGAAGGACCAAAUGUCUGACAUCGAUGAUGCUAUCAGAAGAUACUAAAGUGGUGCACAUGUAAAACAAAAAAGGGAUUUAACAGGUUUUUAAAGAGUUUGCCUUUCCCAAGUUCUUUUUUUUUUUUUUUUUUAAAUGGCACUUUUGUUGACCAACCCGUUCUUACUUUGUGCUGUAGCAUGAAGUGUGAAGACCAACUGGACUUAGAUCUUGUUUUCAUUUUUGUGUGAAUGUUUUUUUUUCUUGUGAUCUAUUGCAUGUACGUCAGACAAAAAAAUAUGUUCCAUUAUAUCAUGCACUUAGGCUAGCCCCUCAAGUCUGUGUGUGCGUGUGUGUUUGCACGUGCGUGCGUCUGUAGUUGUUUGAUCAGGAUGUGGAGAAUUUUUUUCCCCUUAUAAUAAUUUCUGUUGUGCCUAGGACCAUGGUGGAUGUGUUAUGUUCAGCUCAGUAAUAAGAAAAAAAAUAAAUGCCACUCUGUUCCGGCGACAUUGA